CUCAAGCUCGGAGGCGACAUAGACGUCGUUCAAGCAACCGGACGCCCGCAUAUACAUGUCCGCCUCAGUUGGCACCAAUUGAAUUCUAGACGACCUCAUUCUGGUGACAAGAUUCCACAACUCCACUCUUCUGGUCCUCAAUCACAAUGGCAGCUUCUCUUGCCCGGCUGGCCGGCCACAGUGCCAAACGCCUCUGCUUGCGGCCCGCACUUCCACGAACCUCGCGAGCCUUCUCUGCCAUCCCAUCUCGAAGACAUGCCGCUCCUUAUGAAGCAACGAAACUUAUCCCUACCGAUCCGUUCGCCCACCCUACGUCGUCGGAUACUCAACAUAUCAACUACACACCCGAUUCGAACCUGGAUGAGGGCGCGGUGGAGAAUAGGAAGAUCAGACACUACACUGUAAACUUUGGACCUCAACAUCCUGCUGCUCAUGGUGUGCUGCGAUUAAUUUUGGAACUCAAUGGAGAGGAGAUUGUGCGAUCUGAUCCGCAUGUGGGGUUGCUACAUCGAGGAACCGAGAAGUUAAUUGAGUACAAGACGUACCUUCAAGCGCUGCCGUAUUUCGACCGAUUGGAUUACGUAUCUAUGAUGACCAACGAGCAAUGUUUUUCUUUGGCCGUAGAGAAGUUAUUGAACGUCGAGAUCCCAGAGAGAGCCAAGUGGAUUAGAACGCUGUUCGGAGAGAUUACCCGAAUCCUGAACCAUUUGAUGUCGGUCUUGUCUCACGCUAUGGAUGUUGGUGCUCUUACACCUUUCUUGUGGGGGUUUGAAGAGCGAGAAAAGUUGAUGGUAUGCAAAACUCUCAUUAUGUGUGCUAUGUGAAGGGGAACUAUACUAAACUUGGUAACUAGGAAUUUUAUGAACGUGUGUCUGGAGCCCGUCUCCAUGCUGCAUAUGUUCGACCUGGAGGCGUUCAUCAAGAUAUCCCCGUCGGGCUUCUUGAUGAUAUUUACCAAUGGGCAACCCAAUUCUCGGACCGUAUCGAUGAAACUGAGGAACUUUUGACUGACAACCGUAUUUGGAUUGGUCGUACCAAGGGAAUUGGAGUUGUUUCGGCCGCUGAUGCACUUAACUACUCUUUCUCCGGUGUCAUGCUUCGAGGAUCUGGUGUGCCCUGGGAUGUUAGAAAGAGUCAGCCAUAUGAUGCAUACGGAGAGGUUGAAUUUGAUGUUCCCGUCGGCGUAAACGGAGAUUGUUAUGAUAGAUAUCUCUGCCGUAUGGAGGAAUUCCGUCAAAGUCUGCGAAUCAUCCAUCAAUGUCUGAACAAAAUGCCACCCGGACCUGUUCGUGUAGAGGACUACAAGGUUUCACCACCACCCCGUGCGGCGAUGAAGGAGAACAUGGAGGCAUUAAUUCAUCAUUUCUUACUCUUCACUAAAGGUUAUACCGUUCCACCAGGAGAAACAUAUUCCGCCAUCGAGGCCCCCAAGGGAGAGAUGGGUGUGUACGUUGUGAGUGAUGGAAGUGAACGUCCUUAUCGUUGCAAGAUUAGAGCACCGGGUUUCGCACAUCUGGGAGCAUUUGAUCAGAUUUCAAGAGGACAUUUGCUUGCUGAUGCGGUUGCCAUUAUCGGAACUAUGGAUCUAGGUAUGUUUCUCUCUAGUUAUUCCCCAUCCCUUGUAUACAAAAAGAAAACUAAUGAAAAUUUGUGUAGUGUUCGGUGAAGUGGAUCGUUGAGACCAAGUGGGGGUUGGGGAAAGUGGAGAGGAACCAUUGAGUUGAAUUGUACAUUUUCGGGUGAUAGAAAAGAAAUUCGAGAUGGUCAGGCGCAUAGUUGUUCCUUUUGUUGUUUUGGUACAGAUCUGCAAGUGCGCUAGCGGUGUUAGUUGGCAUUCUAGCAUAAGAUACAAGAAAGUUUUCAAAACUGCAUUUCCAUAUUUCUGUUUUAUGAAAGAUUGAAUCGGGGUUUUGGAAAUUACUUACUGGAGAAGAGAGAACGUUCAUCGUAUGUUUGGUUUGAAGGGAAGAGAUUCUGAAAUGGAGUCGUACAUUCGAAUAUCUUGGUAGUGGUUGAGAUUCUGGAUACCAUCGCAUUUUCAGCCCUUGAGAAUGCCUUCUCCAAAUUUGUCCGCACAUUUGAGUUUUUACGAUAC